CCGCCCCUCCUCCUCUAGUCCCGUCAGCCUGCGCGCGCCCGGGAGUUUGAAUUUCCUCGGAUUUGGAGCAAUAGCGCGGUGGAAGGCGCUGCGGGGUGAGGUCGCCGCCAAUCUCGACUAGGGGAACUAGGGAGCAGGGCCUCCAGACAUGUCUGAGGUGAAGAGCCGGAAGAAGUCGGGGCCCAAGGGAGCCCCUGCUGCGGAGCCCGGGAAGCGGAGCGAGGAUGGGAAGAGCCCCGAGGCCCCAGGCGGCGGAGGCGGGGGCUGGGCGGAUCCCCGGACUGGCCUGAGUCUGCUGUCGCUGGGGACGUGCCUGGGCCUAGCCUGGUUUGUAUUUCAGCAGUCAGAACAAUUUGCAAAGGUGGAAAACCAGUAUCAGUUACUGAAAUUAGAAGCCAAUGAAUUCCAAGGACUUCAAAGUAAAAUCAGUUUAAUUUCGGAAAAGCUUGAGACUACCGAAAGCAUCCUGCAGGAAGCUACGUCAUCCAUGUCUUUGAUGACCCAGUUUGAGCAGGAAGUAUCCAACCUCCAAGAUAUCAUGCAUGACAUUCAAAAUAAUGAAGAGGUGCUUACUCAAAGGAUACAAAGCCUAAAUGAGAAAUUUCAGAAUAUUACGGAUUUCUGGAAGAGAAGCCUAGAAGAAAUGAAUGCUAAUACAGACAUUUUCAAAUCAGAAGCAAAGCAUACACAUUCUCAAGUAACUGUCCAAAUUAACUCGGCUGAGCAGGAAAUAAAAUUGCUCACUGAACGGCUAAAAGAUUUGGAAGACAGCACACUAAGAAAUAUUAGAACAGUAAAAAGACAAGAAGAAGAAGAUCUCCUGCGAGUAGAGGAGCAGCUAGGCUCUGAUACAAAGACAGUUGAAAAGUUAGAAGAGGAACAGCAUGCCCUCUUUGCCAGAGAUGAAGAUCUGACUAAUAAACUUUCCGACUAUGAACCCAAAGUUGAAGAAUGCAAGACACAUUUGCCAACAAUUGAAAGUGCUAUUCACUCAGUUCUCAGAGUCUCUCAGGAUCUGAUAGGAACAGAAAAGAAAAUGGAAGACUUGACUAUGCAGAUGUUUAAUAUGGAAGAUGAUAUGCUGAAAGCAGUGUCUGAAAUAAUGGAGAUGCAGAAAAUCCUUGAAGGAAUUCAGUAUGAUAAUAGCAUAUUAAAGAUGCAAAAUGAACUGGAUGUUCUAAAAGAAAGAGUUCACGAUUUUAUAGCAUACUCAAGUACAGGAGAAAAGGGAACUUUAAAAGAAUAUAAUCUAGAAAAUAAAGGAAUUGGUGGUGAUUUUUAAAUUCAUGACAUUUAUUCUGAUGAACCAUAUCAUUAUACAUGAAUUGAUUAGUUCCAUGAUUUUGAGUUAUUUUGAUAUGCCUCAUCUUAUCCUACAUUAUUGGAAAAUAAACAAGAUGUCCACACAAAUGGAUUAUCCACAUAAUUGAAGCUUAUCUUUUUAAGCACUAAAAUUUAUUUCAUUGUAACCAUUUUAAAUAGAAAUAGUUCUUUACAAAUAUUUCUCUACUUUUAAAACAAGAUACUUAUUAUUUUUAAUGUUUUUUAAAGAAUUAGUGGACAUCAUUAUUAAUUUUGCCUAUUAUAUUGGACCCAUAUAUAUUGAUGUCUCCAGGGGGCUAAUGGGGAGCAUUUACUGCUUCACUAAAUGGCCCCAAUUUGCCGUUUUUCAAACCUAUGUCUCAUACCUUUUCUACCACCUUAUCUUGCUGUCAGGUUAGUUGGUAAUCUGCCUGCCUCAGCCAGUUCUUCACUUUCUUAUGUAAUUCACUACAGGUUAAGAAUCCGGACAACCAAGUUCAUAGGAGUUUUGUGUAAAAUAAAAGAUAACAUGCCUGAGGGAGAGCCUGGUGCCUUUGCUAUGAAUUAAUAUGCACUUUCUGAAACUAUGAAGCCUGGGAAACAUUUUAGUUUUUGUUAAGGUUCUAAACUGUGUUACACAUACUUCUAAGACUUUUAAAAUCAGAGUAAGUAUGUUCUUACAUAAGGUCUUUCUUAUGAAUUAUGUGUAUAUAAAUCUUUGAAAUAUCUUUAUAUACCUGGGUUUUAAGUUCUAACUGUGUUAGACAUGAGUUGCUAGAUCCAUGAUCUCUAGAUAAUCUACUUAAAAUAAAAAUAAAUAAGCCUGUGGCCUGUUUUAAGGAGGGAAAAGUAACUUAACUGUUAGAAUUAGAUACACUAAUAACUAUGGUAGUUAAAAGCAAGUCAUUUUAAAGAUUUCCCAAAACACACCACUAAAUUUGUUUACAAAUUGAUUCUAUCUUAUUUGAAAUUAUAUAAUGUAGCCAACUGCAUAUGAAAGUUUGUUCUUUUUUGUUUUUGUCAAUAACCUUACCAGUUUUGUAAUGCAGUUUCAAUGAAAUUAAACACACAAAGAACUUGAAAGCAGUCAGUUACAAAAAGGUAGUUGUGGUCAAGUAGUUUUAAUAUGUAAAUAUGCAAGUUUUUGGAGAACCUCCAAACUCGGUCUGCAUUGGAGUUAGGAGGGCCGGUGGUAGACAGUCGCGAGUCAUAAAAAUAAGCCUGAAGAGUUAUAUUAUUAAGGGGCACAGCAUUAAUUUUUGCGGUCUUAACAUUAUACUUACUGACUUCUGAAUGUCUCUUAUUUGUGUGCACUGACAAAACUCUUAUGUGUUUACUUUUAUUUUCAUACUAAUAAAACAGAUGGUAAAGUUA